GAGCUGGCAUUUCUCCCGGAAGUAGGAAGUGUUGACUUCAUAACAAGCUCCAAUCCCCAAGCUGUAAAAGGGCUUGAACACUUGGAUCACAUUCGAUUAUUACUUAUUAGUGAGUGUUCGCGAUACAACUGCAGAGUGAUGAGUCUCCAGUGGACCGCAGUGGCCACCUUCUUGUAUGUGGAGGUCUUCUUGGUGCUCCUCCUCUGCAUCCCCUUCAUUUCCGCAAAGAGGUGGAAUGGCGUCUUUCGGUCUCGGCUGGUCCAAACCAUCGCCUUAUAUGGCAACACGUCCUUCAUGGUGGCCAUGGCCAUCCUUGUCUUUCUGCUCAUCGAUGCCUUCCGCGAGGUGAGGAAGUACAGUGUGACCGAGAAGGUGGACCUGACCAACAAUCCCACCGCCAUUGAGCACAUUCACAUGAAACUGUUCCGAGCGCAGAGGAAUCUCUACAUCGCUGGAUUUGCACUCCUGCUUUGCCUGUUGCUGCGUCGCCUGGCCACUCUUCUUUCCCAGCAGGCCUCCCUGAUGGCGUCCAACGAGGCCUUCAAGAAGCAGGCGGAGGGCGCCAGCAACGCCGCCAAGAGCUUCAUGGAUGAAAAUGAAAUGCUGCAAGAAAAACUCCGAGAAGCCGGUCUGGAGGUGCCGGAGGCGGGAAAGAAAGGAGGCGGAGUCCAACAAGAGAACAAGACUCUGAAGGAGGAAGUGAAAACCUUGACGGAGGAACUGGAAGCCACCAAGAAAGCUCUCCGCAAGAGUGACGGCGACGUUUCUGCCAUGAAGAAACAGGCCGCCAACUUGACGCUGGAAUAUGACCGACUGCUGGACGAGCACAGCAAACUCCUGGCUAGUGGUGACAAGAAGUCCGACUGAGGAUGAUGAAGAUGGACGCUCUUCAUAUUCGUGGGCCUGCUUUGCGGUGUGAUGUUACGUCCUGUUGCCGCCUCAAAGUUGUUGUUUUUUUUUUGUUUGUUUUGUCUUUGUUUUCUUACAAAUAAUGAGGUCAUAUUCCUGUUGUUGAAGGUCCCAAAAAAACCUACAAUAACAAACAAACAAGUCGGGGUUGCGUAAAAAGAGCACGAGCCAAGCGGCCCAUCGACUCAACAGGUGUUUCGCUUUCUCGGCUUUCACGUAGCCUUUAGCAUGACUUGUGUCGCCACGCUCAUUCCUGUGACGCUUUUGGGUGACUUGUGUGUCACAUUGCCAUGGAAACCGCAAACACAACCUGUAAUGUGUCACCGCCAAUACACAACUUGACACAAACUUGUGUCUUGUGUGUGUGUGUCAUUGUGAGUGUGCGUUUCUACGAGAGCGUACGUGCGUCCAACGUGCACAUGGUGGCUGGAAAAGGGAUCGGGGUGUUGAAAGGCAGCUGUUGGCCUUCUUUUAGAAAGGCCUUUUUUUAGGCCCCCACCCACCCGGGAUCUUGUUCCUCAAAGUGCUGACUCGAACCAGCCAACGGAGUUAUAUUUGGCGCCGUCAUCCCCCUCGCCGGUGACAGUGGUGCCAUAUUGGGAAAGAAAGCGACACUCCGGCGUGGACAUUCAACGCUCCCGGACAACUCGACUUAUUUGCUUUGAUUUGCUGAAUAAAACUGAAAUCAAUUCUGCAAUA